GGAAGAGGUGGAAUCCCAAGCCAGAAGCGGAAAUCGGUCAGUAGUGUAGAAGAGUCCUGACAGGCGGCAGUGCGGCGAGGAGAAGCGCUAAACCGAAACAUACCAUGAAGAACGAAGGCAUAGAGGGGAUGCAGCGGUUCCUGAGCCCGGACAGGGGUCGAGGCCUCCAGGCGUUGAGGCAGUUCUCGGUGGGGGAAUUAGUGUUCGCUUGCCCAGCUUACGCCUAUGUGCUGACGGAGACUGAGAGAGGCGCGCACUGCGAGCUCUGCUUCAGCAGGAAAGAAGACCUGUCUAAAUGCGGCAAAUGUAAGCAGGCUUACUAUUGCAACGUUGACUGCCAGAGAGGUGAUUGGCCGAUGCACAAGCUGGAAUGUGUUGCCAUGUGUGCUUACGGGGAGAACUGGUGUCCUUCGGAGACAGUCAGACUGGUGGCCAGAAUCAUCAUGAAACAGAGAGUCACAACAGAGCGCACACCCUCAGAGAGACUACUGCUGCUCAAGGAGUUUGAAGCACAUUUAGAUAAAAUGGACAGUGAAAAGGACGAAAUGAACCAGACGGACAUCGCCGCCCUUCACCACUUUUAUUCCAAACACAUCAGCAGCCUCCCAAAUGACCAAGCGCUCACUGAGCUCUUUGCACAGGUGAACUGCAAUGGAUUCACAAUAGAAGACGAAGAGCUUUCGCAUCUUGGCUCGGCUGCUUUUCCCGAUGUAGCACUGAUGAACCACAGCUGCAGUCCAAAUGUCAUUGUGACUUACAAAGGCACAGUGGCUGAGGUCAGAGCCGUAAAGGAGAUCAACCCCGGAGAGGAGAUCUUUAACAGUUACAUCGACUUGCUGUACCCCACAGAGGACCGCAUGGAACGGUUGUUAGACGCCUACUUCUUUACAUGCCGGUGUACUGAGUGCACCACCAAGUCCAAGGACAAAGAAAAGAUGGAAGUCCGUAAGCUUAGUUCCGGACCGCCUGAGCCUGGAGAAAUACGAUCCAUGGUCCGUUACGCCAAGAGUGUCAUCGAGGAGUUCAGGAGAGCAAAACACUACAAGAGUCCGAGCGAGCUGCUGGAGAUGUGUGAACUCAGCCAGGAGAAAAUGGCUGCCAUAUUUGCAGAUACCAACGUCUACAUGCUGCACAUGAUGUAUCAGGCCAUGGGUGUCUGUCUCUACAUGCAGGACUGGGAUGGAGCAAUGAAGUAUGGAGAAAAGAUUGUUCAUCCAUACAGUGUGCACUAUCCGGCCUACUCCCUAAAUGUGGCGUCCAUGUAUCUGAAACUGGGUCGAUUGUAUUUGGGGCUGGAGAAGAAGACACAAGGAGUCAAAGCACUCAAUAAGGCGAUGGCCAUCAUGGAGGUGGCUCAUGGUAAAGAUCACCAUUAUGUCGCAGAAGUCAAACGAGAAAUUGAAGAGCAGAAGUGAGGGGUAAAGGAAGUUCGUCAAACGCAAGAAAAACCCAAACACCCUGAUGGCAUGGCAUGCAUCGUUUUACCUCUUUGUUUGACACAUACCCCAUUGUCUGAAUGCCUCACCUACCCAAUUUUCCUCAUGCCUUUUCAGUGGGAUUUGACUUUAUUUUAAAUAUUUUCACAGCUAUGUAUUUUGGAUGUACCGGCACCUUCAUCAGUAAUCCGCCAGGAUUACCAUUUAUAUCCAGAAAGGAUUUUUGGAGAACUUAACAUUUUGAAGACUCUUUAAGACAUUAGCCUUGACUGAACUUGACAUCAGCCAAUGUUCCAACUGCUCCGUCUCCUUCCACUGCAAAUGUGAGACUUUUCAGUCUUAUGUAUAUAUAAAAAUGUUGUACUCUUGUUUUACACAAUGUGGAAAUUCCAUAACAUGGUGUGUUUCUCCAUUAUCUUUGUUUGAAAUUCUUUGGCCACUCCCUAUUUGUAGCGAAUAGUCUGGUAUGAUCCCUGACCAAUUUGCAACAUUGUAGGUCUGUUCGGGUAGAAGACGCUUCAAAGUCUGACACAUAUUUGUCUUCUACAUAACUACACAAGUAUUUUCUUUAAAAAAAUUACUGGAAAUUAGCAGGAUUGGGUUCCUUUAAUUUCUAUCAAGCAUCAAUGUUUCUUAAUCCUUUAAAUUCUUGUUGGAUUGCUGUUAAAAAAAAAAAUCUGCCUGUAUCAGCAGAUACUCUGUAGCAACAGUAGAGAAAAAUGCAAACUUCCUGGUUCAGUAUUUGUCUUGUUUUAUCUUGUCUUAUUUGCUUGUUUGACUGUACUUUAAACACAAAUGGGGUGUUCAUAUUUUAUAUUGAAUCACUUUUUCCCUAAAAUGAGAUUUGUUGACCAACAGCACCUCGUGAUAGUCAGUUAUCAGGCCAGUGAUAACACCUGCACAAUUUAAUCCUAGGAAAUACUUGUAUGACAGUGCAUUUGUACAUCAGAAUAAUAUAUACAUUGGUAAAUUAUACCGUAUAUGACAGUUUCUAUUUCUGCGGCUCCUUGUAUUAGAUGAAAGUUUGUCAUAUUGUGCAGGUGUAGCUAACGGCAAGGACCUUAAGUUAUUUUAUUGUCACUGUGAGAAAGAGCUAACCUUUGGGGCAAAAGUGUAUCUGUUUUCUCUCUUAAACUCAGCAAAUAGCAUUUCAGCCUUUUAUUACUUGUUCCCUUCUAGCUACAGUUUGCUGUAGUAGGAAAAGAAACUUGCAUUCUGAGAGUUUUGGGGAAAUGUCUGAUUAUUUUGUGUAGUCAAAGGUAGAGAUUAUUUAAUGUAUACAGGGCUUUUAACAUGUUGCACUCAAAAGUUGCAUACAAUUUUUUUAAUUCAUUGCAAGGUUCUAGAACUUCACAUCAUGCACUGCCAGUAUCAGUAGCAUUUUCAUCUUCCUAUCGAACAAUGUGUCUGACCUGUUGUCAUGUAGUGUCCAAAACUGUAGCAACUGAGUGCUCUCUGGCCUGUUAUAAAGACUGUUGUAACACUGUUUUCUUUGCAGAGCAAUUAAAAGUGUUUACCAGGUCAAUCAUAAGGGCUGUCUAACUAUAAACAUUUAAAUGAUUCUCUUUUCCAAUGAUGUCAUGAAGGAAACAAAUAUGUAUGGCACAAAUAUUUAAAUAUCCCAGUCAACCUAAAUUCUGCACAAAGAAGGUGACAAGGCAUUUGUCAGGCAUGAAUGCUGAUUGUAUGGAAUGCAUAUAUUGUAUAGUAUAUAAUAAACUCUAAGUCUCCUGA